AGCGCACAGCACCGCCCACCCUGACUCUCGGCUACUGUUUGCCAAGCAGAAAAACUUCCUGAAUGACAUAAAGCAUAACAAGACAGGGUGAGUACUCAUUUUGGAUGAAAUAACUGAAUAAUCUGUGUCAUGUUGCCGUGGCUUUGUAAAAUUUCGCUGUUUUCUCGCCAGGCUGUUUUAAGAAGCUCCACAGCGCUAAGGGCGGAGUUGAUCACCUGCUCUGAACUGAUAAUCUCUUACUAACGCGUUAACGCUACCUGUAGGUUUCAGGAGCUCUUCUUUAUCACCCACCUUCUGUCACCGAUAUCCUACAUUUCUCUUAUUUGUGGUGCCGUUCACACAGUCAAGUGUCUUGUCGUUAGUUAAAGGGCAAAAGUCGUUGAGGAAGGCUACAGAGGUUAGACAGCAUCACCUCAUAUCACUGCCAAUUUCCUGAUACCAAGAGCAAAUCAUGCCAACUCAUGGUUUAAACUACAACUUUACCACAUGUUUAAUGGUUAAACUCUACAGGCUUUCUGGAUAAAGAUGAUAAAUAAUGGUUUACACAAAUAACACAUUUUCAGACAUACAUUUGUCCUGUUAGGGACAAUGAAAUCCCCUCACAUUCAGCAUGCACUAUCAUACUAGAAUAAUUUGUGAGCCCACCUAAAUUUAUGAAGUCUUUGACUCUUAAACUGUACAGGAAAUUAGAAUAGUGAAUGUCCAGAUGGGGCGUUUAGGAAACAUGGGACUUAAACAUAGAUAUACCAGCCAGCCUUUUAGAUGAAUCUAAUCAAAUCUCUGUUUUUUGAGUGUUCACAACAAUUGCACCCUUGAUUUUUCACAAUUAUUACUUUUUUUAAUUAACAAUCCACAGAAUAUAUUCUUUCUGAAUGUCAUUUGACGAUUUUUCUUUUUAAUAAUCUUUUAAAAAUAGUAAUUCUUAGAUAUUUGCUUGACAUAAAGAUUUCACACAUACACAUCCACUGUAGAUCUGACAAAAAAUAUCAUUUUUAAUCUGAAUAUGAACCCUUCCAUGUAUGGAUCAAUUGAAUUUUGUUGACAAAUCACCCGGCAUCCAUUAUUUUUAUCACACUAGUGUUUGUUAAAGAAAGGAUGUGACCCGCUUUGGAGCAUAUGAAAGUAAAAUCAUAGGAAAAUAGCUUGAUUUUAGUAGUUUCAUCAAAAACUCCCAAAUAAAAAAAACCUUUUCUAGAGUUGUUGAAAUGCUCAUGAAAUAUAUGUCUUGCUGACCUCCAGAUUUAUCCUCACACUCUGUUAGGGACAUCUGUGUAUUUUCAGGUCUGUGAACAAUAAUGUACACUCCUGUACUCACCAGGGCUCUUGACAGGGUAUCAUUAUCAAAUGCACCUCUUUAACACCAAUCAACCUUUUCACUGGAAGUGAACUGAUCAGCCAUUCAUCUUCAGUUUUUUACAUGAGAUAGUUGCUGGUUCACACCCCCGCUUUCCACUUCAUUCAUGUUCAUGUUUUCAGGUGCUUGAGAGGAAAGUGGGUGUCUUUUGUAAAGGGGAGACAAGAGAGUGAAACUGAGAAGACAAAAUCAAUGGUGAAAGUGUAGAUUUACAGAAGAGGCAGUUUAACUGGUUGCUUCUCGCUAGAAUUUUAAAAGGCAUGGAUGAAACUCAGGUCCUUUUUCAUGAAAGGCUUUUUGCUGGUUUUGAUUAUGGGGCCAUUUUGUUUUAAGUAAACACAGACAAGGAAUAGUUAAAAUCUAUGUGAUCCUAAGGAGAUCUGUAGAAACACAAUGUAGUUUUAAUUUUAAAAAUAGUAUUAUUUAAUGUUUUGACUGUUGUUUUCAAAUUUGAUAGAAUAAUCUUACUGUAUCUGGAUCAAUGGAAAUAAAAUGAUAGUGGUAAUGAUAGCGGUUAUGAUAAUGGAUAGUGGUUUUCCAUACCUCCUAGGGCUUGGUCUGGCCACUCAUACUACACUCAGCAGUGAGAAUGAAUGUGGUGUAAUAUAAGCAGGUUUGAGCUUUCAGCCAGAGAGGGCAGCAAUCACUGCUCCAUCUGCUCUUUAACGCCUGCAGAGGGGCUGUCUGUGACUAUAUCUCUUCUUAUCUCCUAGUGGUAUCUGCGUUUUGAAACCUUUGUUCAGAUACCAUGUCAUAAACCCAGUCACAUUUAACCUGUUUAUAAUCCUUAUACGUGUGUAGCAGAGGGGAUCAGAUGGCAAAGUGAGUAUCGAACAAACCCUAAAGGCGUCUCAGUUGCAUCUAAAGAGUAAAUACACAAUCUGAUUAUUAGAAGAAGUGAUUCAACAUAGUGUUGAUGAAAAGUAAAGGCAUGCACAAGAAGACAAAUUUGGUAUGUGAGUGUGUCCCUGCCCUUCAACAAACAUUUUGCAUGUCACAAUAAGUGGAAUGAAGAACUACGUCAUUGUAGAUCUUUUAAAGGUGUCACACACUCACAAAACAAACAAUGGCUGAAGAAGAGCUUGUCCUGGAACAGUCAAUUACAGGUAUAUAUGUGUGUCUGUAAUUAUGUAUGUGUGAGACAAUUUUUCUCAUAUGACCAACCAGGUUUAGCUCCGUUCUCAUGGCAGACUUGUAGAAAAAAAUGGAAAAAGAAGAUUGUGAGUGCCAGGUGCUAAAUUUGUCCCUGAUAUUUUUAUUGCAGCUGUAAAACUGGAGAGUGUGUUCCUUAUUAAGGUAUGACUCAUGCCGGUUUUGUCACCAUUGCACCCGGUGGAGCAGUAAAGUACACACCCUCUCACAAUGUGGCUCUUAUGUGAUGAUCAUGUCUGUGACUGAAUGGUUUUUUAGCAAGUGGCACACAAGGGUUUUAUGACAUUCAACGAGAAGCAAUAAAAGCUGCUAUUUGUAAGAAUCAUCAUAAUAUUAUAAAGUACUGAGUUAACGUGAUUGAAUUGGUUUUGAUUUAACUGGUUUAACCUUUUUGACUGUUUUUUUUUUUUAGAAAUCCUCAAUCUCAUUUCCAUCUCUCUCUGUUUUAUUUACACGUGCUUUCUCCCUCCACAGGUCCUUCUCUUGUUCCCAUUCUGUCAGCCUCCAUGAGUGAUUGAACGUGCUGAAACUGGCAUCAGCGGACAAGCCCACAAACAAAGGGCCAUCGAUCGGUCAAGGAUGACCAUGGAAAACAUGAAGAAUGAAGCCGAUACUAUCUCCACAGUCUCGAUGGCUCUCUACAGUGUCAUGUAUCCUGUCUUUGACCAGGUAAAGAGGGCAGGGUUUUAGGCCAAGUUGAAAAAAAGGGGCUAAAACAAGGCAGGGGCUUGUUGCAUUAGAUGGAUGAGAGUACAAGCAUUAAACCAAUCAAUCAAUCAAUCAGAUGAAGCUCUUUUCAUACAACAAUAAUGCAACACAAGAUGUUGUACAUAAAAAGAAAGGGAAAUUAAUACAAAGAGACUUUCUCCCACAAACCUACCCACAAGUCACCUUGUUCAGUGAAAAGCCUUUAAAUCAGACCUGGGCAUUUUACAGCUUGAGGGCCACAUCCGGCCCUUUGGAUGUCCCUGCCCGGCCCUUCAUAAGGUCUGUCAAUCAAAUCAUCAAUGUGCCAUACAAGUGUGUUGCUUAUAUUUUGAAAAAUCCAGCUGUUGUUUUACUUCAAUUUGGACGCACGUGCGUACAUCCUAGAUCUGCAUUCGUAAACAGAGACAAGUUUUAACAUCAGCAAAAUAUAAGUAGACGCUUUAUAGUUGCCAAAUCUGUUUAGUAAAUGACUUUUUUAACUCGUAGUUUCUUAUUUGGGCUUGCUUUUCUGUAUGUGUGAACACCCCCACAUUUGAAGUUGAUGUUAUUGUUGGUUCGGCCCUCGAACACAGCUCAGGUUUCUCAUGUGGCCCCAUGUAAAAAUUAAUUAACCACCCCUGCUUUAAAUCAAAGUAUUUACAGUGUGUAAUUCUAUAAUUAAUUCCGAAGUGCCACCAUGAGGAUGAGAGUUUUGGUUUUAUUAAACAUACCUUUUUUUCUUGCUAUAACCAAAGGAUAAAUUAGAGAUACAGAACAUAUUUUACUUUGUAAACCUGAAAAUCAGUGAUUCUCUCUGCUUCUCUCACUAAAAAAGACAAUUUCAUCAAUCAAUCAAUCAAACAAACUGUAUUUGUAGUGACUGCUUUGCUUCAACAAAAAAGGCCGCCGGGGUUUAGGUUAGCUUUUAUCUGUGACUCGCUUGAAUGAUCAGUCCGGUUUGAGUGUUAAAAAAUGAUUUAUUGUUCAAAAAAGGAAAGAAAACACGCUGAUCCGGGUCCAAAACUUUUGCCGUCAGCUGAAAAGGUGAUAUAAUGAAAUGAGGUUAAAACAGGAUGAAUGAAUGAAGCGGUGAAAAACGAUGAGAAACAGUCAACAGAAAACUAUCAGCGCUUACUAAACCCAUUUUCUGACUACACUUGUGAGAUUUAAAUAACCUGCUAAACAUCCCAAAACCACACCCCACAGUGAAUAUCCUGGAAGUGAUGUACCUUCAGAAAUAAAACUUUCAACAAAUAUAUUUUGGCUCCUACAGUAUUUAUAUUUAUAAAGCACUUUUCAUACAAAGAAAUUAGCACAGAGUCUUGUCCAUUCAAGCAGGAUAAAAAUACAAAUACAGAAACUCAACAACCCACCCAACCCACAUUCAACACAAACAACACUCACACGCACAAACCCACACACAAAAAAAAACAGGUGAGGACUAUUCAACUUGCCACAGAUGACUGAGGAAAUACUACUUUAAGUCAAAAAUAGGCAAACAUUGGAUCUAAGACUAAAGCGAUAAAACCAUGAUAGAUAUGAUAAAGGUAAUAAAGAAUUAAAAGUUAAAUAAAAUAAAACAGGCUGAAAAAACAAUAAAAGAAACUAAAUUAUAAAACACAAAAUUGUAACUCUAGGACCAAAACAGGGUAAAAUCAUGCAAUACUGAUUAAGAAAUAUUUUUAAAGCCAGACUUAAAAGGUAGGUCUUGAGUUUACUGUUAAAAAUAUGAACAGUAGGUGCUGCUCUGUGGUCUGCAGGGAGACUUUUCUUCAGAUAGGGGUUUUAAAUAUUGGAACGAUGAUUGUAGCUAUUGGAACGUUUCAUUUAGGAUUUAGAUUAUUGCAGACAAUACUCUCUUAGACAAACCAAUGUUUAAUGUUUAUACAAGGUAUCUUACAUGACUGUGAGUUUUAUAUAUUUUUAAGUGUAAGUGCAAUCACGAUUAGGUCACAUGACUUUAAUGCCUCUACUAUUAAUCCAGUCUGUUUUCAUCAAGAUAAUAACAACCUUCAUCAUCUCAUCAUUUCCAAGCAGCCUUUUCAUUUCUGUUCUUUCUGAGUUACACAUUUUUUCGUGGAGUUUUUAUAGAUCAGAAAUCAUAAAAAGACUAUAUGGUGAACACAUGAGUAUAUUUGGAGCAGGUAGGCAGACAGAGAGUGUUCACAGUUUCAAAGAGUAGCAAGGUUUGUAACACAAUAUCAGCUCAGAGAGAUAGAAAAGACUUCAAUUCCCCUGAAGUUCUGAUGAAGAAUACAGAUGGACAGACUGAACACAGCUUUUCACAAUACAAUAACACCGUGUCCUCCUCAGAUAUUGCAGGAAGCCUUACUUGUAUGUACUUUCUGCAGAAUUACAUUUCAGGACAGAGGAAAAGCUGCGAUAAGAGCAAAGCCGGUGUGUUAUGUUUUGUGCGACUGACUUGUGUUUGUGCGUGUGUAUAAUAACUUUCAGUUGGAGGGUAUCAACUCAUCAGCUGCACAGACCUUGAGAGCGGCUUUUAUCAAGGUAAAAAAAAAGUUUUCUUUUGUUAUUUCUCUGUUUCAUUGCACAAAAUUCAAUAAAAAAAAACUUCCUUUUUCAAGCCAUUUUAGACCAUCGACUUUCUGUUGAUUUCAGGACUUUUUUUUUCAUCCAUACAAGGCCAAAGCUACCUAAAAAUACUUAAAGUGCAGAUGUAUGUUUGUGUGUUUCAAGGCAGAGAAGGAAAAUCCAGGUCUUACUCAAGACAUUGUUCUGAAAAUACUGGAGAAGAAAAAGUUAAGAAUCAACUACAAUGAAUGUCUACUUCGCAUGGCCGGAGAGGAUUUGGAAGGUGGGUUGCUUAUUGUAUGUUGCAUACGGUAAGAGGAGGAGGGUGGAACAUGUGAUUGCAUGGACAUUUCAUAUACUGAUUUUGAUGUACAAUACCACCGGAGCUUUGCUCAGUAUUCUGGGACGGCACAGCCAACAAAACAUUUGUGCAGUUGUCCACUGGGAGGAGCUGUUUCUCCAAAAAUCAGCUGCUCUCCUGUUCUCAAAUGCUCCUCAGUUUCUGUCUGUAAUUGAAUUCCUUAUGUCAUGUACAGUGAUUGAUGAUAGUAAUGAAUUCACACAUGCACACACACACACACACUUUGGAUGAAUUUUAAAUUUACCUCCUGCACAGCGCGAGUUCUACCUUAAUCCUGCCGUAACCUAACAAACUAGACAGUCCCUUUGAACUCCGUGCGCACACAGAAACACCUUUAGACUUGAUCCUGUGUUCACUUGGGCAGCUCUUUUUUUACAUGUACAUAUUAAUUGCUCCAUUUCAACCUCCUCAGUAAGUUCUUUGAAUGUGUGUUGACAUGCCUGUCGCCGAGUAGUUUGAGGUCUCUAUUUUUCUUUUCCUCUCUGUGAUUUUUAGACUUCAUGAUUGACAGGCGAGAGCCUGAGUUCCAGGAGCUCAACGAGAGGGCCCGAGCUCUGAAAAACAUCCUCAGCACCAUACCAGAUGAGAUCAAUGACAGAGUAGGCUUCCUACAGACCAUCAAGUAAGGCCUUGUGUGUGUCUGCGUGUGUGUGUGUGUGUGUGUGUGUGUGUGUGUGUGUGUGUGUGUGUGUGUGUGUGUGUGUGUGUGUGUGUGUGUUUGUGUGUGUGUUUGUGUUUGUGUGAGACACAGAUGGACAUAUUAUCAGAGCUAACACAAAAUAUCUCUUCACCUGCAGAGGAGGAUACAGUCUAGACUAGGCUUGUUCUUUAUGCUGGGUUAAUUUAGCAGCCAGUCAGUUCCUUUUUGGAUAAAAUGAUUUUCUUUUAUGUGAAAUGUUUGGUUCUUAAAUAUAAAUAUACUUGCAAAACCGCAACAAAAAACUGUUUGAAAAAUUUUGGAAAAAGUAAAACAAACUGCAAAUUCAAAUUCAAAUUCCUCCUGCCGUCGCUUGUUUGUAGCGAGACCUCAGGACCUGUCCAUCAUCGACUGCAGCCUGGUGGCAUAGCUCAAGGAAGAACAUUUACGAUCAUUUCUUCAUGGAAAUGCAAUCAGACCAUGACGCUAAAGCAGAAGAACUACCGCGUCUGCAGUGCAGAAUGAUAACUAUGGUGAUUAUUACCUAAAGGAAAUAAUAAAGUAACGAUCACAAAUGUUCUUCCUUGAGCUGCGUCACCCCGCUGUAGUCCAUAAUGGACUGGCCCAAGGUCUAGCUACAAACAAGCGGCUGCUGGAAGAGAGUAGGUAAGUUGUGUUUAGUCUCUUUGCUAAAGAAAUCAGGCAAAGUUAAAAAGAUGUUUUGUGGAACCCUAUAUGUACUGUUGAUGAAGUUAGGUGCUGUUCUGAGUAUUAUUUGUGGCUAUAGAGUGGCUUUUUGACGUUUGUGUUCAGCUCCUUAGACUGCUGAGUAUUGCUAUUGUGUGGUCAUUGAUAAAGUUGGUAUAACUAGAGAAGCAAGCGGUCGGCAACAUUCAUCUCUUGAGGGGGUGUCUAACUCGGUGUUAUGGUGUACUUGACCCUAAUUUGAUUUUACGCUGGGAUAUCCCUUUCACUAAUCAAAAUACAACAAAUAAUAUGUAAUAGUUUAGUGAUGAUUUAGCGGUAUGGUUCCUGCAUGCCAGUGAAUAUAUCCUUGACCGCUGUACUAAACCCACACAUUCAAGAGAGAAGGUGAGAGGCCCUUUUUGCCGUUAUUUUGAUUGAACUCAAUACUCUCAGUGAGUCACUACUUAAGUUACGUACCCAGUGGAGGGCUUAGAAAUAAAAUCAAUUCAAAGGGAAUGCUUAAAAAAUGAUGUGCAACAGCAGAUUUCCAGUGUUUACAAGUGGAGAGAAGUUGAAGGUACGGUAUGACGAGAUACGUUUGGGGAAGAAAGGUAGAUGACGAGCAGGAUCAAAGAACAAAAGUAGCUGAAGUAUGUCACUGUCUGAUAAAAACAUCAGUAGUUGUAUUGUUUUACUUAACAUGAACCUAUUUGUGUGUGUGCCAUCUUCAGAGACAUUGCAAGUGCCAUCAAGGAGCUGCUUGACACAGUGAACACCGUCUUCAGGAAAUACCAGUAUCGGAAUAGGCGGGUUAGUAGAUAAGUGAAGAGGAAGAAUCACACACAUUCAAAUGCAGUCUCUGCAAAUUGAGUGGAGCUGUAAAAUGUCUGUGUUUAUUGCUUAGGCACUGGAAAGACAGAAGAAAGAGUUUGUGAAAUACUCCAAGAGCUUCAGUGACACACUCAAAACAUACUUCAAAGAUGGAAAGUAUGACACUGUUUCUUGUUUAUUCUCUGUUUUGCACUUUUUUUCUGUCUCCUCCGCUUCCUUUUCUGUCUUCUUACUCACUUGUUUAGCGUUUUUCAUUUUAAACACACUCUGAAUGCGACGUUUUUAAUAGUUUUACACGUUCAUGCCAUACACACCCACAUCCACCCACACACACUGUCACCAGCAUGUAAAUGGUUGUCGUUUGAUCACAGGCCCACUUCUAUCAAAUCCACCAGUGCUGAAUAAUUCCCUUGACCCAUUUCCUGUGGAUUCAUGCUGGCUUGUAUUCUCUGAAGCCUGACAUUCUCCGUUCCAGCCAGAUCAAAGUGUUUCCUGGAUCAAUCCUAAUAUUGUUGCCAUGGUUUCUUUGCUAUAUGAUUGACAUGUGUGUCCUUGUGUCUCUGUCACGCUCGUUUCCAGAGCCAUAAACGUGUUUGUCAGCGCCAACCGGCUCACUCACCAAACCAACAUGAUCCUGCAGGCCUUCAAGACGGUGGCGUGGCAGCCUGAAAGGACACUUUGAUUAGAGAAUAGGUGAUGUGAGGCUUUGUAAUUUUUAAAGACAUUUUAUUAUUUUGGCUGUAUAAUUUAUAAUUCUGUGGCUUUGAGGGGAGAUCAGGUAGUCUGAGGUUCAAAGCAAAUCAGGUUGACAGUAAUUGCUAGGGAUUUUUACCUCUCUUUUAUGUUGUUCUUUUAUCAGAUUCUUAAGUCGAUAUUUCUCCCUUCCUUUAUAUAUUUCCCUCUCUGCUCAGCACUGUGAAGCUCAGAAAAAGUUGGCAAAAUGUGAUUAUUUCCCAUGUCCUUAAAAGUUUGGUGAUAGUACAAACCUUGGAAAAGUGCUAUGAAAAGAAGUUGUAUUAAGUCUCCAAACAUUCUGCCUUUUUAGUGUCAUAUUCCCUUUGUAAAAUACAAUCUUAAUCUAUACAGUGGUAUCGCAUACCUGGAUCAUAUAUCCUCCCAAAAUCAGCAUACAUCAUAUUUAACUUAAAUCAGAUAUGUCCUAAUCCAGUCUGGAAAUCAAGGUCUGCAAGGAUGUUCAUGGAUUUGAAAUGGAGGUUGUCUUCACUAUCUGCUUUCUUUGUCCUGUCUGCAUUACCCAGUGUAUCAUAAAAACAACCCCUCCAGGUGAGGAGUAACUCAACAGUUAUGCUGUCUUUCUUUGUACUAUAGUGACACACACUGAUAUGGCCACAUUGACAUUAGUUAAUUAUAGUCCAAUGUAUUUUAAAAUCUUUUUGAUGGCCAACGUUGUCUCCACAUCCAGUCUGGAUUACAUUUUUCUCAACUGUACUUUGAUAUGGUCUCAAGAAAAGAACUUACAAAGGCAAAAAAUGUGAUGUGUUCUUAAAAAAGAGCAAAAUAUAGCCGCCAUCUACAGCAGGAGUAAAACUGGGAAAACACCGACCAAUCACAUACUGUGGGUCCCACAUUUUUAAACCAAUCAAAUCCCGUACUCGCCUUCUGCGCGUACAUGUUUCCGGUGUGCACUGGCCCUGAUUCAAUGCGCAGUAGCCGAACUGAGAGGGGCGCAGCUAAGCCGGAGAAUGACAGAGAAGCUACCUAUACCCAGACUAGCGAAGACCGCUCCUUCUGCAAAAAGAGAGCAAGAAAAAAAAGACGCAGACAGAGAAGGCCGAAGCAAGACAGAGUUUGGAGAAAGCGAGGGCGAAAACGGAAGUCAACGUCCGGAGAGCUUUUCAGAGCCAUGGUCGCUCAUUUUCUGUUGGGAAGGUACGUUGAGGGUUUGUAUCAGGGAGAUUUUUAAUCUUGAUAAAAUAUUUAGCCAUGUAUGUGGUCAUCCCGAUGCUAACGUUAUCUUCUUUGUCCCUGCUGUGCAAAGACUUCCCAAAGUUUUGAGUUUGUGGCUUUGAGUCAGCAGACUGCAGCGCUCGUUCGUGUAAGCGGGGGUGUUGUUUUGGAGGAGCUGCGAUGAUCAACCCUACCUUAAAGUGUGUGUUUAAAAAGACGAUCAGAUGUGCAAAAUCUUGAUGUAGCGUUGCAAAAACGAUUUGACCUGAGUGCGUUUUCUCUGAUCCUUCUGCUUUGUGUCAGUGGAGUUCAACUUUUUCUUUUUAUGACUCCUUCGAAAUGAUUACUCGAGCUAUCAGUGUCAAGAUAUUAAUUCUGAUGAGGUAACGGUCUAAAAUGAACGUAUAACUUAUUCAAUCACACAGCAGUACUAUGGCAUGUUUCACUUCAAAUAACUCCUGGUGGGCUCAGGUGACAAAUCAAAAGUAAUAUACAUUUUGUGUUGAAUGGCACUAGCAUGUCAUUGAAGCAAGCAAUGAAAUGUGCAUAUCAUCUACAGACCAGUAGAUCAAACAAAAGCAAGACGUUGGAAGGAAUUUAUAAAUUUUGUAAAUAAAAUAAGAACUUGAAACUCAUGGAAGUUAACAUGUGAUGAUAAAUGUCAUUGAUCAGGAUGGCUAUUGAAAUUCGGGAAUUAAUCUUGAUUCAACAGUGCAUGUCAGACUUAUUUUUGGUAUAAAACUUUGACUAUUAGGUGAGUUUGCUGUUUAAUAAGAAAUGCAAAAAUAUUUUUUGUGGUUCUCUUUGUACUUUUUAUCGAAUGACAUUUUCUAGGCCUGUAACCCUCUCAUAAGAGAUAUAUUUAAAAAUGAAAUCUAGGAAGUAAGAAUGAAUGAAUCUUACAUUUCUGAUGGAACUUUUU